AUACAUUUUAAGGCGAUGCUGGAACGAUGGUCAAACUUCACGGCGCCGCUGUUUUGCCAACGAUUUGUGCAUAUGUAUGUGUGCGAUAUUGAUGUAGUGUGAUGUAGUAAAUGUUUGCCGGUUACCGUCUAAUGCGUUGUCUGUCCUUCCAACAUCGCCUUGAUACAGGUAAUUUUAAAAUGUUAAUCUAAUGAAGUUUUUAUUUAACAGUAAGUGGAUUAACAUGGGCUAAAGUAAGAGGCAUGUUCGACCAUUCUGGAAAUCCAAUUAUGGAGGCUAAGUUAUCUGACGCGGUACAGAUUAUCGGAUGGAAGGGUUUGCCCACUGCCGGAGAUGAAAUAUUGGAAGUUGAAAAUGAAAAGAAGGUGCACAUGAUAAUGCGAUACAGAGAAGCGGAGAAGGCUACGCAGUUAGCACAGGAACAUAAAGUUGCAGCGGACAAAAAGCAUGAAGAAUACCUGAAAGACUAUAAGGAACAUCAGGCAAAGAGAAGAGCACUUGGCAGAUACGUGAAACUGUCAACACCUGUUAAAAAUGAAAGGCCCGAUGAUGGAACACCCAUACUUAACGUUAUCAUAAAAGGUGAUGUCGCUGGGUCCGUAGAAGCUAUAUUAGAUGUUUUUAAUACCUAUCAGAGUGACGAUAAGUGUCAAUUAAGUGUCGUCCAUUACGGCGUUGGACCUGUUACAGAGACGGAUUUACAAAUGGCAGACACGUUUGACGCCAUCAUAUAUCCUUUCAAUGUUGGUCCAAUGAAAAACUUACAACAAGAAGCUAAUAACAAGAUAUCGAUUCGUCCAUACAACGUAAUAUAUAAGCUCUUUGACGAUGUUAAAAAGGAGAUAAACAGGAGACUUCCAUUGGUUGAUGCCGAAGAAGUGAUAGGUGAAGCAAAUGUAUUGAAAGAGUUCGAGAUCACAGAUAAAAAAAAGAAAGUAAAGGUUGCGGGUUGCCGGUGUAUUAAAGGCACUCUCAAGAAGGAUGCAAUAUACCGUUUGAUGCGUGAACAGGAAAUCCUCUAUACCGGGAAAUUGGUGUCAAUGAAACAUAUGAAAAAUGAAACAGAAACGAUCAAGACUGAUGUGGAAUGCGGUUUGAGAUUCGAAGAUUCCACAGUGACUUUCAAAGCUGGGGAUGUUUUAAUUUGUUACCAGACGUAUCAGAAACCGCAGGAAAUUGACUGGGAUCCUGGAUUCUAAAUAAUUUUAAAAAUUGCAAGGUUAAAUGUAGUAAAAACGAUCAUAUUCUCUUUACUCGAAUUUGUUAUUUCGAUCAGAAAUAACGGAAAUUUGCGAAUUUGUCUAAGCAUAUUUUUUAUAAUAUAUAUCAAGCAAUGUACAGCAAAAUAUGUUGGUCGACACUUUUAAACAUAGCUUGCGAUAAUCUUAAUUUCACUUGAAUAAAAUCGAUCUGUUUCGAA